AUGAACAAAAAAACAACUAAAAAACCAGAAAGGAAAAUUAAUCAAGUAGAAACGUUUUUUGCAAAAGAUCAAGAAACAUGGAGAAAGUGGCUUGAGGAGAAUAAUGCAAGCAAGGAUGCAAUUUGGUUGAUUUAUCAUAAAAAGCAUACUAAAAGGGAAACUAUAGUUUAUGAACGAGCUUUGGAUGAAGCACUUUGCUUUGGAUGGAUCGAUUCAACAGCCAGACCUCAUCCUGAGGAUCCUGACAAUUCAUACAUGCAAUACUUUUGUAAAAGAAAGGUCGAUAAGAGUCAGUGGUCAAAGAAAAACAAGGAUCGAGUGGCAGAAUUGAUUGAGGAAGGGAAAAUGACAGAACAUGGACUUUCAAUGAUUAAUAAGGCAAAGGAAAAUGGAAUGUGGGAUUUAAUGAAUGAUGUCUAUGAUUUGAAAAUUCCACAAGAUUUGAAAGAUGCAUUUGAAGAUGAAGAGGAUGCAUUUGAAUAUUUUGAAAGUCUAACUAAAAGUGUAAAGAAGCAAGCUCUCAAUAUGGUAUUCCAAGCAAAGAGAGAGGCAACCAGACAGAAGAGAAUUCAACAUAUUGUGGAUAAGUGUAAAAAUAAUGAAAAGCCAAUUUUCUAG